GAAGAUACAAGCUCCUGUAGUUCUCUUAGACAAGGAACUUGAAAGAGCAGACCACGGUCACGGUUAUAAAUAUGGAGAUGAACUGGUUCUUAAUCUUCAUUCUGUUCUUUCUUAAAUCAUCAUGGGAAUCAAAAGUCCUGUCAGUUGUUUCUUUCUAUCCAUGGUCUUGCUUAUUUCUGUGGGAUUUCAAGAUUCUGUACAGGGAAGGCUGUUAUUGAUAAAGAAACCAGACCCAGAUAAUGCUGCAGCAACAGCUCGUUGGCUGGUUUCUCAGAAUUCUUGGGGGGUUCUGAAUACCAUAUCCAUGGAUUUGGGAGGAGCACCCUUUGGGAAUGUUGUUUCAUUUAGUGAUGGGUUACCUAAUGAAAGUAGCGGUAUCCCAUACUUCUAUUUGACGACUCUUGAUCCGACUGCAAGAAAUGCAUUGAAAGACCAGAGGUCUUCUCUCACAAUCAGUGAAUACAGUAUAGGAACUUGUGGCAAGAAAGACCCUGAGAACCCAAGUUGCGCAAAGAUUACCCUGACUGGAAAGUUAAAGUUACUCGAGGGAGACUCUAAGGAAAUAGAAUUUGCUCGAAACGCCUUAUUUACCAAACAUCCUGAGAUGGAGGGCUGGCCUAAGGGUCACAACUUCCAGUUCUUCAAACUAGAGAUCGAAGAUAUAUUUUUGAUUGACUGGUUCGGUGGUCCUAAACCUCUCACGUUAGAUCAGUACUUCCAUACUGAACUGAGUAAUGUAGCUGCCAUACUCUUUGUUCCCUUAUGAUAUCCGCUGAGCAAGUGAAAUGUGUAUAAUGAAUCCACUGUAAAUAAGACGAGAUAAUUGUUGUUUUAUUUAUGUACUGCAACUAUCAUUCCUUUAUAUUAUUGCCUGAAAAUUCAUUGGAAAA